CCCACCCUGUAUGUUAGGCAGUAAUAAGUCCUUUCGACAUUUGAAACAAACAUUGUUUAACACAUUAGAUGCUCAAAUAUAACCUAUUUGAAGAUAUCGAGUUGUUGAAAUUGUUUUUACUAUAAUUCGCUAAAUUCUUAGAAUUAAUAUUUUACAUUUUGAACAAAUAAGAACGGUGAAAGAAGAAGAGGCAUAACUUAUAAACAACAUAAUUUUAUUCAUUCCCAGGAUUAAAGUGACAUUUUAUUUUCAAGUGUUUAGCUCUUCACAGUAAUAAAGUUGCUGCACAAAUUUUUUAAAUUAAUUUAGAAGUAUAUUCAAAGGAAUACCAGCAAUUUCGUGACUUAUUUACUCUAUCCUACAACUCUUCAAUAUUUUGUGGCCUAUUUUUGUAAACUGCGUUUUUAAUAUGACCACACAGAAAAAAGUCAAGUAGGGUCAAAUCGGGAGACGGAACUGGUCCUUCAAUUGUCCUCUGCGAUCAAUCCGAUUCUCACGAAAUGUUUCAUGAAGAUAUGAUCGUACUUCGGGGCCAAAAUUCCAUAUUCUGUCAUCAUUAAUAUUUAAAUACCACUUAAAUGUGCCAUUUUAAAGACAUUUAAGAACAGAAAAAUUAAACAUGAGAUGUGUUAUACGCUUUUUCUUUAGAACGUGGAGAAGAAUUCAAUUAGGGACUUCAUUUAAAACACCUCCAGAGGACCCAGCAAACACAAAUGGUCCGUGGGACGUUCUAUUUUGAUCCCCGUUAUCCCGCAUGAGAUGAUCCUUGAUAGGAUGUCCCUAGGACGUCCCUUGUAUCGCACAUAUAUCUCAUGCAGGUCCCAUGCGAGUCGUCCCAGAAACGUUAUAUUUUUUGCUCCCAGGGACAUCAUGAACAGGACAUAUAUGUAGUAAUAGUAAACUGGCGCGCUCGAAAAAAGCUAUUCUACACUAAUUCUACACAUAAUGACAUCUCAGGGACCGAGGUGUGUUUGCUGGCUCUUUUCCAGGCCAGUUUCAUAAACUUGUCAGGAGUGUAAGUUGGUUAUCCUCAAACAGUUUUAGUAUUUAGGGUUGUACAUUAUCGGGUCCAUCUGCGUUGUUGCCUUUUAAUCGUUCUAUUGCAUGUUUUACUUCGCUGAAUGUUAAUUGCUACAGCCUUGAUUUCCUUAUGAGAGCGAAAAUGUCAUGUUUCUGUCCUAAGGACUCGUUUCCAUUACAUUCGCUUUGUGAGCCACAACUCUUUAUAUAGUUUUGUCUCUUCUAAAAUGUUAAUAGAUUUUUUUAUUCUCAAUGUUUUUUAGCCCCUUUCAUUUUUAUUCCUAUAAUUUCUUCGCUCUUCCAUUAGUUCUAACAUUUAUCAACAACCAUCGAUGGAUGUUUCUUUAUACUUUGCUAUGCUGACUAUUUUGUUGAUUACUUCCUCUUUGAUUUCUCUUGCGGUGCUUGUUAUUUUCAACCUCUGAACAUUGAGUCGUGCGGUUUGUCUUUCCUCACUUUCGUCAUGUGUAGCUUUUUCCGACGCAACAAAAGAUUAUGGUCUGAUGGGACAUCCGCUCCCGGAUGUGGUUUGCGCAUUUUUGGGAGCAAUCAGCUGGAGAAACAUAAGGCGAUCUCCACUCUCCUUUUUGGUAUGUUUUAGGGCUUCUUUUUGCUGUUCAUAGAAAAAUUGUACAUCCUGCUCUGAGCGUUCCGAGAUCAUGCCGGAACAAUAUUCAUAUUAAAUGGUUUGGUCUGAAGUUCAACUAAGUCUGGUCCACCUUCUAGUUCUAAUCGCUCAAAAUUACCUACGCACUACACUUAUCAACGCCAAAGCUGACAAUUUAUGUCGUUUCAUUUUGAGGCAAUUUUGCUUUUCUUUUUGGUCAUCCACCAUGGUUCGCAUCAAAAAACGGAAGAAGACGAGCAGCUCUGGCAAGAAGCUCGAAAUGAACUGGCACGUAGAACAAGAGAAUAUAUAAAAAACAACCCCAUCAGCUCGGAUCUCCAGGCGUUUAUCGAUGAGUUGCGGAGUCCGAAAAGAAGAAAAAGGCAAGACCAUAACAAUAUGUAUGCAAUAAAAGAUGGCAACGUAGUUCCUCUGGCUACGCUCGAAGAACAAUUAUUCACUCAGUCGCAUUUAGGCGCAAAUUUCACAGUCGUGCCUCUCAUCAUACCUAUUGCUUUGGAGAAUAAUAUGACCCUAAAGCAAAAAGAAUCCACUGAGGAUAGUCUGUUAAGCGACAAUGGAAAUGGAGGCUUUCAAGGAGGAAAUUCACAGCGAGCUAUUCUAGGACGCGGUCAAGGUCUGAUAGGAAUACGCGACAGAAAUAGAGGACACAAACUUGAAGAUUCUGAAGAUGCCAGCUUAGAAACACCCAAUAGAGCAGCAGUUGUUGAAUCGCCCAGAAUCAACACUCAAACUGAAGAAACUGUAGUCGACAAUCUGAUAGACGACAAGCUAAAGUCCACCAGUGAAUCCACCGAACUGAACCGGGUUUUGGAAGAUGUUCAAAAUCUAAUAGUCGCCUCCAAAAAAGGAAAAGGAUCAAGUAAAGAAGGUGCAUUGUGCAACGUGUCUGGUUACUGGGACAGUGACGCUGGCGGUAUAUCGUUUCACAUUAAGAAAACUGAUUCGGAAACUGAGAUUGCCAUGCGAAGCACCGAACCUCCAAGCGAAGAUGGAUUUAUUGCCCAAGACAAAUGGAAUGCUACAGCCAGAAUUCCAUUUUCACAGUCCUCACAAAUCAUUAUCACUCUAACGGCAUAUAAAGGGCGCAGAGUUGCAUUAUUUUUAGGUGAAUGUCGAAUUUGCGAUGGAAGCGAAACAAUUACAGGAGAUUGGGUGCUAGGUAGAACCUCAUCCGAUUGCAAGGACCAAAAGGCCGCGCAUUCGUUCAUCUCGGAUAUAUUUCGAAAGAAUAACAUUGAGAAGUUGAGAGAGGCGCAUAUAAAGAAGAUAUCCACAAUGACCACCAUUAGAAGUAGUACAGACAUUUAAUUCGUACUUUUAUAUCUUUUUAAUAUUAUAUUGUUUAAUUUUUUUAGAAUAAAUCAACUGUGUACUCUUUUCAGCAGGAAA